AUGGAAAUCCCACAGCAAGACGAGGGCUCGUUGGUAGUAGAGCCGAUAGAACAGAGAGACGUCCCCGACACCGUACGGCUUGUCCCACGCAGAGAUGCGACCUGUAGUCCUGAUAACAAUGCGGGGAAGGCUUGCGGGCCCGGUCUCACGGAGACUCCUACCGUCGCCAUCGCCCUCGGUGUCGUUGCUAACGGGAAAUGUAGGAUACCCUUGGUGUGCGCGUUUGUGGCCUUUUUCAUCCUGCACCGACGUCACGUCAAGAAACUGCGAAAGGAAGAUGAACAGGACAAGAUGAAGGCCCUCGACUAUGGUCUGGACGAUGUUCCAGCUUCCACCAGCGGCGCCAAAGUCAAGUCGGGCUUGCCCGGCCAGGGAGCUGAGAAGGGCCAGGGACACCAUCAGCCCGGCAUGUCGAUGGACUGGACCAUGGAUAACCCCUAUUUCCUCCCGCCAGGCCUGCAGAAGUCUCGGGGCUCGUUGCAUUCACUCUCUCGAACCAUGCCCGGGGAAGACAAGUACGGUGCAGCCUUUGAUAACAACGGCAGCAUAAGGUCGAAUCCCACCGGCCGUCGACGUGGAAACGCGGACGAUAACUCCAGCUACACGGCCGGAAGUAGUCGACACGCCGGUGGUGACGGUCACGGUCUAGGCGAUGAUAUGUCUCAGAAUCUGCUCCGGAACGCGCAACGCAUGUCCACUUCUCCCCCCUUAGCUGCUCCUGCUGAACCCCUAAGCCCACCGCAGGCAGCACACCUACCGUCUGAAAACCAUUAUGAUGAGCUGGGUUUGCCAUCCUUGAACAGUACCAACAAUACCAGCAGCGAUAACAAUACCCAUAACGACAGCACCAGCACCGGCAGCCAGAUGGGUGCUGCAGGGAGCAAAGACCCGGCUGUACGGAAUAGCCAAAACUAUCUAGGCCAGUUUAUCCAAAGCGGUGGUAGCAGGUCACCGUCACCGGAUGGCCACAAAGGACAACCCAUCGAGCAUCUGCCCGGCCUGGCAUUCUCGACCAACGAUGAGCCAAAACUGGAUUUCAACCUGGGAUCAUCCGAACCCACCGCCGAUCGUCAACCGGCCGAUGCUGACAGCGACUAUGGAGACGAGAGUAAGCCCACUCCCGGCCUGCCACAGUUCAGCAUCAUGCCCGCCGAGGAGCAGCAGCAGGCCCAUCACCCACAGGACGGCGAGGGAGACAACAGAUAUGGACAUCCAGACGAGGAAGACGGGGCCGACAGCAUCCACGACGUUUAUGACCAGUACUACGACUCCAACCACCUGAUAGAUACCCGCAGACUGACUAUGGGAAUCCGGCCACUGCCCCCAGAAGACCCGUCCGACAACCCAGAGCAGCGAGCCAACCGUAUCCGAUCCUUCUACAAGGAAUACUUUGACGAGAGCAAGCCCUUCCAGCAGGAGUAUAUCGAGGACUACGGGGACGUCCCUCCGCUGCCCAACCCACCACCCUUUGCCCAGCCUCUACCUCGUCGGGCCAUGACUCCGCCGCCCCGGAUGCCUCCUGCCUUCCCACCGCGCCGUCACCCAGGAGCGGGCCACCAGCCACCUCCCGGGAUGGGCAUGAACACGGGCUUCGGCCACAGCGCAACCAGCUCUCUCUCAAGCGGUGUCCCCAUGGGCGGACCCCGAGCCUUCUCCUCUGCCUCGGGCCGCAUCCCACACCCACGGCAGAAGAAGCCUCUCCCACCGCCGUCCCCCCUGCACAUCCUCCCCACUCCCCACAAGCUGAAGGACGACACGUUCCUGCCCGUCGACUUUGCCCCUGGCCCCCGAACGCGGGACCGCCAGGCCGGCCGACCUGAGACGCCCCUUGGCGGCCUGCAGCACUACAACCUGAUGGUCCCUUCGCACAGCCCGCUUGUCUCAUCCUUUGACGAGCUACCCGCCGUUCCCAGCCCUCACGCACUGCGCAAGUCUGGCACCUUCACCGCGCUGGACUUUGCACCGCCGCCUCGCUUUAAGAACGAGUCCGCGGCCAGCAGCGACGCCGGAAGCAUCCGCAGCAACCGCACCGGCAUCUCUGCCCUGCAGGCACACAACAUCCGCGCGGGGGCCUACCGCGUCAGUCGUCUGCCCGCCGAGACCGUCGGAACCAGAGACGACUUCAGCUCCAACCUCAAGCCCCAGUGGGAAAUGCGCUCUUAG